CAUUCGAGCAGGGCCACUCACCUAAGCCUUUAAGUAUAUGAUUUGAAGAAGGGUAUCGAUUCUUGCGUGAGUGGGCGUAAUAAUUGACCCCGCAACCCCAACCUAGCUUGCUAGGUUGGCUCGCCUGGCGCCCUCGCCCCAUGAGCCAACGGGUACUCAACUGCUCUUUGUCGCCUAACCCCGCUUUAGGACCCGACCAUGUUUCACAGGCGCUGGCCUCAGGUCUUUCUGCUGCAGCUGUGUCUUAAUUCUUGGGAAGAAAUCAGGCGGUAUUUCUAUCGCGUAGCCGCUCAGCAUGAGGUACCAACGAUAGCUCUGUGGAUAGUUAGCACUCAAAUCAACAAACAGAGUCCUUGAGCUUUUAGCUAAAGGAAGAACACCGUGCAGACCAGGCUUCCCUUUUAUCCGCUUGUUACCUGAGUUAAUUUGUCCGUUAUGUUCGACCACUUUACAAUAAUUCGCGUUUGCUCUAU